AUGGAGGCAGAAAGUUCAUUUGAAUGCGGUUUGGAGUUUCCUUCUCCACGAACACUUGUUUUACUAGGAAGGAAGGGUGAUGGAAAGAGUGCCACCGGGAAUUCCAUUCUUGGAGCAAACGUAUUUCGUUCAGAACGAAGUUCAUCGGGCGUUACUAUUACAUCCGACUUGCAAACAACACAACUCGAAGAUGGUCAAAUGAUUAAUGUCAUUGAUACUCCUGGAUUGGUUAAUUUUUCCCUCGACGAUAAUAAAUCUUUUGUGAAGGAGAUUAAGCAUUGCUUGACUUUGGCUGGGGAUACUAUGCAUGCCUUUUUAGUAGUAUUCUCGGUCCAUAGUCGAUUUUCAAAAGAGGAAGAAGCCACAAUAAGAAAUUUGGUGACUUUGUUUGGAAGAAAAAUAUAUGAUUACAUGAUAGUGGUAUUUACGGGUGGGGACGAACUUGAUCAAGAUAACCAGACCUUGGAAGAUUUCUUAAAUGGCUGUCCUGAAACAUUAAAGGAAACACUUGAAAAGUGUGAAAAUCGGUGUGUUCUUUUUGAUAACAAGACGACGGAUCAAGCUAAGAGAGCUAGUCAGGUAAAGGAACUGUGUGAUUUUAUAAACACGGUAUCAAGUAAGAACGGAGACAAGCCAUACACCAAUGAAAUGUUUACUCAAGCAAAGGAAGACAAGGAACAAGCAGAAGCAUUUCAAGCCUGGAAGGAGAAACAGUGCACUGAAUAUGUGCGGACUGAAAUGGUUGAGCCGGAACUGAAGGACAUAACUUUGAAUCUUGAACGCCAAAUAACAGAAGAACUAGUUGCUCGGGUAAAGGCUGAAGAGGAAGCUAAUGCUGCUAGAAAGAAAUUAGAUGAGAGAAAAAUUAGUUGGAGGAUACAAAAGAUAUGGAAGAAGCCAGUUUGGCCGUUCAACAUGUGUUCUAUCUUGUGA